AUGGCUUUCGAACAGCAGGCUGAGAGGCAUAGCUUUCUCCACUCGCAGUUCCCGGUAUUCCUCCCCGAGCUACCGGAAUUGCGUCUUUCUGCUUCCGGCUUUGAGGAUUUCUUGAAGAGAACGGCUGUCUUUCAGACCUCAGUGAGCAGCGAUAUCGACAAGCUGGCCAUUUCGUCUUCUGUCGUUGGCGAGAAUGUGAAGCCAGUGGAAAAUACGACAGCUCCGGCUCAGGCUCCUUUUAUGGACGCGCUCCUGAGCAACUCUGUGCCAAGUCUGGACGAGCACGACGGCAAGAUGUUGACGGAGAACGGUGAUGUGACUUAUCGCACGUCUGGAAACGUUCUUGUGGACCUGUUCACGGAGUUGGAGACCGUUAUCACCGCUGCUAGGCUGAGAGUGGUCCUUGAGCGAGCAUGGAAGGAUGAUGCCAACGCAACGCUCCGAUUGAUUUGGAAUUCUCGUUCUAUACACUUAGGGAAGAGUGACAAGAUCACAUUCUAUCGCGCUGCUGGGUGGCUAGCACAGAACCAUCCGCGAACGUUCCUUGUUAACCUCGAAUGGCUUGUCCGACCCGUUAUUCAGAAGAAAGUUCCUAAGAAGAGACAGGAUGGCGAGAAUGAGAAGGGCGAAUCGGUAGCAGUGGUGGCUGAUGACUUUGAGGUAAUCGACACCGAGGAGACAGGAGCUUCAGAGUCUCCGAGCAAGAAGCGAAGGGUCACCCCCGAAACGGAUUCGGAGCUCCCAGAGUUUCAGGUCAAGUACGGUGUCAGCCAUGGAUACUGGAAAGAUCUCCUGAACAUAUUGGCUUUGGCUGCCCGUGGUAAACUCACGGUUAAUAUCACCGAAGAAGACAUCCACUGUGUGCUCGAGGACGAUGCAGGGGAGAAGGAUAGGAAGAAGCGAGACUGGACACUAGGUCGUAAGAAGGCGCUGACGGAGGAGCGGCACAAAGCAGUCAUCGACCUCCUAGAAAUGGACAACUUCUACCGCGCCCUCCACGUCAGUGUUGCUCGAAUAUUUUCUGAGCAGCUAAGACUAGACAUGGCACGUAUAUCCGGAUCCGAGUCGGAGACGAGACUUAUAUCACUCUGUGGAAAGUGGGCACCAACCUCGAAGAAGUCCCACGACCGCCAUACUUUUAUCGUGUCUUCUACUGCAGAGCUCCUCUACCCUUUCGAUCAAGUCUGUCCGGAUAGCACCGAUCCCACUGAUCGUUUCCUCUAUCUGAAGUAUGCGCGACAGGCAUAUCAGACUUCCACUCUAUCGAAGCUUCGCAAGCACUUGGAUGUCGUGGAGCGCCCCAUCUCCGAGAACCGCUUUGAGGACAUCAAGUAUGAGAGAGUGCCUUCGCUUGCAAUGAACCAAUACACCUCGCUCUUCAUUAAGAAGGAUGAAAAGCACUUCGAGAAGUAUAUCGACAACGUUGCUGCUGGGAAGGCUCGCAUCUCGGGUGCCACACUCCUUCCUUCUACACUAGUGCACAGUGUUCGGGGGAAACAGUUCGGUCCCUCCGGUCGCACUGGCAAGGGUGUGUUUGGCAAGAUUGAGGCUCGCAAGAGCCAGAUUGAGCAGGAAAUCGCAACCAAGGCAGUUGAUGGACAAUGGAAAACCCUUUGUCAGCGUAUCCAGGACUCUGGAAAGCUCGAGUCCUCGAUAGCGGUAUGCGACGUCUCCGGUUCAAUGCAAGCUCCAGUCUUUAAGGACGGUACCUGCCCUAUGGAUUCUGCAAUCGGUCUUUCGCUACUGGUCGCUGAGGUUACCCAAGCCCCGUUCGGUGGCGCUUUCAUCACGUUUUCAGAAGAACCCCAAGUCGUGCGGGCGGGAGGCCGUGAUGAUAAGCGUACGUUCCAGGAGAAGGUAGCCUACAUUGAGAGGUCGAAUUGGUCCAUGAGCACCGACUUCGUGGCGGUGUUCGAAAAGCUCCUUCUUCCGAUGGCAGUUAAGCAUAAUGUCAAGCCUGAAGAUAUGGUGAAGCAGGUCUUCGUGUUCUCCGACAUGCAGUUCAACCAGGCCGAGAGUUCCAAACACUCAUACAAUAGAAGAUCGUCAGAAGGCGCGACUUGGUCGACAUCCUUUGUGCGUAUCAAGAAAAAGUUUAACGAUGCUGGUUACGAGCUUCCUAGGCUCAUCUUCUGGAAUCUAGCAGGUGGAAGGGGCGACCGAGUUGCGUCCAAGCCGGUGACCGCUGACGAAGACAACACCGUACUCGUGAGUGGCUACUCCCAAGGCCAGCUCAAGAUGUUUCUCGAGAAUGGGUCUUUUGAGGACGAUGCUGAAGAGGUGGUGGAAGAUGAAGAGUCCGACGAUGGUACUGUAGUGCUCGGAAAGAAGAAGAAGAGCAUGGAUUCCGUCGCGGUCAUGCGUAAGGCCAUCAGCCAUGACGCGUACCGGAUGCUGAAAGUGGUGGAUUGAAUUGCCACUGCAUUCAGAUGGACACCCUCCCAGGAAGGGAAAGUUGUUCCAGAAAUCAAACCUUACUCGUACAGAACGGAAAACAACGGGGUUGAGAGUCUCACUGAAGGGCUACUUUGAUGUAUUGCGCGCACUCAUAGCGAUCUUACUCGAGUAAAUAGUGCAGCAUAGCAACGGCGACACCCAUGGAUUUGAAAUCUGAUAUUGCGAAAGAAAACUUGAGUCGAGACUUGUUUUACCACU